CCGAUACCCCGCCAACAUGAACGAAGACCUCGAAAAUGAAAUUGAGGCGAUCAACUCCAUCUAUGGUGAUGAUACGCUAGUGGCGGUGGACCAAGGCGUCUAUGUCUUGAAUCUGCCCAAGCAAGACACCUCGUUUAGGGUCAAAUUCCCUGAAGAUUACCCAGAUGCGCCACUAACCAUUUUGGGGACCCAGAAGUCGGGGGAGAAUGCUAGAAAGGGACAAGCUGCCUACGUUCUCGAUGUAUUCCGAGAUGCAGUGGGGAGAUUAUUCCAGCCUGGCGAGGUCUGCCUUUACGAUGUUGUUGAGGAUGUAAUAUCACGUCUUGAUUCCGCCAAUGAGGAUGAGUUGCUUGAAGCGGUUGACGACCUUAGUCUUGAGGAUACCCCUGAACCGCCACUUGACGCCACCGGCGAUGAAGCGCCCCCUUGGACGGUAUCAGAUGUCGUGGUGGAGCUCAAAUCUGUCUUCGUUGCACGAUGCGCACCAGUCACAUCACCUGACCAAGCAAAGCAAUAUCUCCAGCAUCUACUUGAUUCGGACAAGAAGGUUGCAAAGGCGACCCACAACAUUACUGCACACCGAAUCAAAGGAGAUAAUGGCGCCACGUACCAAGACUGCGACGAUGAUGGGGAAAGUGCUGCAGGAGGCCGGCUGCUCCAUCUCAUGCAGCUCAUGGACCUAUGGAAUGUCACAGUUGUUGUGACACGCUGGUACGGGGGACAGAAACUCGGCCCGGCUAGAUUUGGCAUAAUUAACACUGUUGCUCGAGAUGCAUUUGUGAAAGGCGGCUUCGUCCAUGAACAGGAACUAACGUCGGGCAAGAAGAGGGGAAAGCGAUGAACUGAGAUGGAUUGAAGACGCCUCCAAACCUCCGACGCCGUGGUACUAUGGGAACCGGCGAGGCCACUCAACGGCUGUCGACCCUGUCCUGGUUUACGGGUUCCACUAAGGGGGUGUUGGGUGGCCUUGAGCCGUGAUCACAUGAGCACCGAGCUAAAGUUUAGCCCAAAGCUCUGUUGAGGUCGCGAGAUGAGUGGGCGUAACCCCCUUCCGGCGAAUACUACAGGGUCUCUCACAAAGACCAGUAUAAUCAAACAAAUUUGCCACUCUAGGCAACUGGCAUACAACGAAGGCUGAAAUAAAUAAUCCAAGUAAAUACGUCUGUAGACUUUAUCUAUACAUGUGAAAUAAUAUAGGCGCUUGCCUCGGUGAAUUAUGAGGGCGGGUGGAUUGACUGCUAAGCGCCCGGAGCGAAGCUUGGUGGAGCUACCCGCACACGAACCCUUUAUCCCUUUUUAGCCACCCGCCAUCUUAGGGAUCCACCCAACCC